AUGGCUUCAUGGAUUCUCAUCUUCAGCCUUUUUAUUGGGUUGACUGUGGCUCAGACGUCUUCGGCAAGUAGUCAAACUCCCCCGACCAUCCUCCUAUCCCUGCCGACCGUGCUGGGGCCAGGCAGCCCAGGCCCUGAAGGGAUCUCCGUGCCUACUGUAGCUGUACAGCCCGUAGCACCCAGUCAGCCAUCACCUCUACCUGCAAUCGCUUCCCAACCAUCGGUUUCCGCUUCUACCGUCUCCACGAAGAAGGCGAAAAAUACAAAGAAGAGCGCGCUGAACAAGAUUGACCUGCCGGCGUUCCUCCUUCUAGCCGGUGAAUCGGAACGGAAGGCAUUCGUAGACCUGGCCACCAACCCGAACGUCCAGAAGGGGAUCAAGGCGACGGCCAUGCAGGCUUGGGCCACGAAAUGUGGAGCCAAUGUGUCGGCUGCCUAUACGGCAUUUUUGGCCGAGAAGAACGCCACUCAACAACAGCAACAAGCCGCCAUCACCCAGGCUGUCGCUUCACUAUCUGACAGUGCCAAGGAGGUGCACGCCAAGAUCGAGGCGGUCAAGGGUGACACGAACCUGACGAGCACGGAGGAGGCGAACAAACUCAACAAGAUCAAGAAGAAGGCCAAGACCGAGGUGUGGACCGAGCUGACCGGAGCCAUGGACCAGGCACUCUAUGCC